UUUAACUGCCUUCUCACACUUCACUCCCUGUAAGGCUGAAGCAUCUCGCUCUGGUUGUCCUCGAGGAGCAGGCAGGCAAGCGGCAAGUCAGCGAUGGCGCUGGAGAUCGAGCACACCCACCUCCCCAUCCGCGGGCUCAACCUCCACAUAGCUCAGGCAGGCAAAGGUGAGAAAAGUCUUCCGCGUAAUCGUUGUCUGCGCACCGUGUCCGAUUCGGUCCCAAAUGAGCGAGCGGCGUUGGAGUGUUUUCUCAUGCUUGUGUUUUUGUUUCGUGUUUUGUUUGUGGCAGGUGACCUGGGGACGGUGGUGUUCCUGCACGGCUUCCCGGAGAUAUGGUACUCGUGGCGCCACCAGAUGCUGGCCGUGGCCGCGGCCGGGUACCGCGCCAUCGCGCCGGACUGCCGUGGGUAUGGCCUCUCGGACCAGCCGCCGGAGCACGAGGAGGCCUCCUGGGACGACCUCGUCGCCGACGUUCUCGCCAUCCUCGACGCCCUCUCCGUCCCCAAGGCGUUCCUGGUGGGCAAGGACUUCGGCACCAUACCGGCGUACGAGUUCGCGCUGCAGCACCCGGACCGCACCCGCGGCGUGGUGUGCCUCGGCAUCCCCUUCAACCCCGCCCCCAUGGCCUUCGACACCAUGCCCGAAGGCUUCUACAUCUUGCGCUGGCGUGAGCCGGGCAGGGCGGAGGCCGACUUUGGCCGGUACGACGUGAGGCGCGUGGUGCGCACCGUCUACGUGCUCUUCUCCGCCGCCGAGAUCCCGACGGCGAAGGAAGGGCAGGAGAUCAUGGACCUCGCCGACCUGUCCACGCCCCUCCCGGAGUGGUUCACCGAGGAGGACCUCGACGCCUACGCCGCGCUCUACGAGAAAUCCGGGUUCCGCUACCCUCUUCAGAUGCCAUACAGGGCUCUACACAAGCUUCCGAACCGGCUGGACUCCAAGUUCCAGGUCCCGGUGUUCAUGGUGAUGGGGGAGAAGGACUACGCCUUCAAGUUCCCAGGGUUCGAGACCGCGAUGCGGAGCGGCAUCAUGGAGACCUUCGCGCCGGACCUGAAGAUCACCUACAUCCCGGAGGGGAGCCACUUCGUGCAGGAGCAGCUCCCGGAGCAGGUCAACGAGCUCCUCCUCGGCUUCCUCGAGGACCACCCCAUCGUCGCCUGAGGUGUCAGUGGGACAGCGAGGACAAAACUUGCAGCAAUUGCUUCUCCAUUGCCGUUGCCUCGUUGCCUUUCUUGAUGAGUCAUGAUCCGUGUAGCUCUGAAUUUUCUCGGGAAUAAAGAUGCUCGUUCAUCGUA